AAAAUAAAUCUUUUUUUGCAUCCAAUGGAUCCUCCAAGCCAUUUGUUGACAUCCUUCACCAUUUGUGUUCUCUUAUUUCUUUCUUCUCCUUCACAAGCAGAUGAUGAAUCACCUUCACUAGAAAAUUCAUCAAGCAAACUAGUAAUCAGUGUUUGCAAAGAAACCUUAAACCCUUCUGAAUGCGAGGAAACUCUUGCGACGAUCCCUAAAGCAAGAACAGUUAGGACUUUGAAUGCCCUAGCUCAUCUUACUCUUCGAUUAGCGGUAUCUUAUGCAAAAGAAAGCUUGGAUUUCGUUAACGAAAUGGUUAAGACCAACACGAGUGAACCCAUCAAGCAGUGUGCAUUCUGGUACAGAGAAGUGCUUGCAUCAUUCCAAAGUGCACUUGGUGAACUACAUGAAGACAUCUCAAGUGCAAACUAUGAUAUAAAAGUUGCAGGUGAUAAUUCGGAUUCUUGUGAAGAAGGGUUGGCAAAACUUCCUGUGCCAUCACUCACAGCUAGAAAUGCACAAAUCAAAUUAUAUAGCAGCAUUGGAUUUGUAAUAACAUCUAGGAUGGAUGUAUAAUAACUAGUUGCAAUUAUAUAUUCAGCAUGUUUCCAUAUUCUUAUUUAAUUAAGAGUUCUUAAUCCAUUAAUUUUUUUUUUUCCUUUUCCCACAAAGUAACAAUAAAACGUCUGUUUCUGCCAACCAAAUCCCAAUUUAUCUUAUUCUUAUGAGAUGAAAAUGAAAAUGAGAAUGCAAUUUGGUUUUUAUUUGACAAUUUUCUUA